CUGCUAAACAAUCCAACAUUCAACCGGAGUCACCAACUGAACACCGUGUACCAAUUCCUCACCGAAUACAGAGAAAAUCAGAGAUACAACAAUGGCGGAAAACUCCGAUAAUCCACCCACCGUCUCCAACCAUUCUUCACCACCUAAACCUGCCGAGGAUGAUCUCAAGCUUCCUCAGGUACCCAAUUUGCCUUAUUUUCCAUCUGUACAACAUGGGGGUGUCAAUAUGAUACCGAUCAUGUACCCCGCACUACUUCCAGGUCUUGCUUCUGCGCAGAACUCAGAUCAGAAUAACCGUGGACCCGGCAUUUAUGCUGUACCUAUGCUUCCUUUUAUGGGUACUGUCGCUGGGAUUCCCACUGAUACUCUUAUUCCUCUUACAUACAGCACACCAACGAGAAGGACCUCUUCUGAGGCUGGAACUACUAACGGGGAGCAAGGCCAGAUGAACCAGCAGCAGCCUCAACAGCUUGGAGCUCAACGACAGAUUGUUGUACGGAGAUUUCAGAUAGCAUUCCAGCUUGACUUGCUGCUCAUAUUAAAGUUGGCAGCUGUGAUCUUUAUAUUUAACCAAGAUGGUUCAAGACAAAGGCUUGCUCUACUUGUGUUCUUUGCAUUUAUCGUCUACUUAUACCAGACUGGAGCUUUAACUCCACUUAUGCGUUGGAUAUCACAAGCAAUGCACAGGGCAGCUGCUCCUCCUCGACAACCAAGGCCUGUUGCCAGGGUUGACCCGGUUGUUGGACAAGGGAAUAAUAACGUUGUUGCAGCUGCUGCUGAGCAUCAACCUGGAGCAGAGAACGGCAAUCCACCAGCAGAUGGUGCAGAACGUGUAGUUGAAAAUGAAGAGGCUCCUGAGGCAGGAGUUGAAGGAGGCAACCACUGGUGGGGUAUCGUAAAAGAGAUUCAGAUGAUAGUUUUUGGCUUCAUCACCUCUCUCCUCCCCGGAUUCCAUAACAUGGAUCAUCCCUAAAGGGCUUAUGGACUAACCAAAUUGCUCCACCCUGCAGCGAAAACAACUUUACAUGUCGAAGUGGGGGAUUAAGCCGUAUACCUGUCAAACAUUUUUACAAACCGAUACCUUUCUCUUUCUCUACUUUCUUGUGUAGUGAGAAGGUGCAUGUGUAGAGUAGUAUCCCUUAGCAAAUCUUGUUUACUUGUUCAGCCCAUUUAGUUUAGGAUGGAUGUAUUUGGCAUUCUAUGCAAGAGAUAGAUGGUAUAUGGAUUCGAAGGUGAUGUAAGCAUCUGUCUUAUUUUCCGAUUUGCAGCAGUCUGUAAAUUAUCCGCUGAUAUGCUUGUUAGCUGAAAAUAGAGAUGAUUGUUGAUAGAUCUAAAAUCCGGAGUGAUUGACAUGGAAAGGCAAUGGUUUGUUCAUGAUGCAAUCUUUUCUUUUGA